AUGGCUUUACAGUUAUAUCCAACCAAAUUUUGCUCAGAUGCAUUGCGCAGAUUUCUCUCAACUUCUCAUGUUAGGAACAAAAAAGAAGUAAAGUAUACGAUUAAUAAAAAUGUGACGACGGUUGAAGGAGUACUUGUCCCGUCAGAACGUGAAGGCAAAGUUGUAUGCUUGGAUGGUUUUGGUGACCCUCGAGAUAGAGAUCCAAUUAGUCGGUUGGGUUUAAAUAUUCGUCACACAGAUGUCCGAAUAUUAUCACAGUUUCUAAGACCUGAUGGAACUGUUAUUCCUAGACGUAUUUCAGGUAUAAGCUGUCGGUCGCAAAUCCAUUUGGAACUAAUGAUUGAACGCGCAAGGAAGGCUGAUACUCAAUUCUAAUGCUGGUAACUUAAGUAGUGAAAGAUUAUCCUUUCAUAUGUGUUCAUGAAAAUAUAAUACUAUGAAACAUUCCAGUGCAUACAAUGUUACCUCAGUGAUCAUUUUAUUUGGCUUUCAAUCACGAUACAGGAUCAAAUCUAAAAUAGUAUGAACAAUCCGGUAAUAUCGAUAACUCUUACACUAACAUUGUAGCUUGAAUUAUAGUAAUUACAUUUAUAAGUGGUAAAUCCUUUUCUCUUUCCUGGAGUAUUAGUGUAACAUCGCAAUGGUUCUCAAUCAUUAAACCUCAAAGAAGUGCAACUAUAACGUAAAUGUAUUUCACAAAACAGAUAGUCGGCUUUUUUUUCGCCAGCUAGGUUCAUUCUUUUGAGAUUAGUCUAUUUGUUUGAACACGUACAAGGAGGUACCAAAUAUAUAUGCGCCACACAAACCAAAUGAUUUGUGUGAGGGCUAGGAUACUCUUCGGGUGCCCAAACUGAAGCAGGUCGUUUUCUUAGGGAACUACUCCUUGAUCCUUCGACCUACGGGUUUAAUCCACAAGGCAGUAGAGCAACGCUUGGAGAUGCAGCCCCAUGGUAGACGGUGACCAACAAUCGGUUCAUGCGCCACUUGUUUCCGCAGGAUCCCGGAGCCCAUGAGCGAUAUUGAUUUGGAAUCAGGGUUGUCCAACUCCUCUUGGUGGGUCCUCCGUGUCCAACAGCCCAGUUAAAGGGCCGGACAUUUGCUUUUCGUCCUCUCAAUUUCGUA